AAAUGUCAAAUAUGAUUCAAAGUUGACAUUUGUGAAUGAAUUGAUUUAUAUUUAUUGUAAUGAAACAAAAGGAUAAUCACAACAAACACCUAAAAAUACAGUUUUAUCAGUAUAUUUUUUUUUAUUUAGUUAUUCAUAUGUAGAAUUUGUAUCUGACUGCUAAUGCAGAAACAUUAAUUUUAAAUGGAAAACUCGUUGGAAACUUUGGAUUUGUCAAAUAAAAAACUCAAGAAAUUAAAUAAACCAAAUUGUACCGAGUCUCAAAUUAAAAUCUUGAUUUUAGAUGAUAAUGAAUUACAACGCUUAGAUAACAUUGAUUCUUUUACAAAACUACAGAAGUUGUCUAUUGUCAGAAAUCAAUUAUUACGGAUGUAUGGAGUCUGCAGACUCCAUUCAUUGCAUACUCUGGAUCUCUCAUACAAUGGCAUUCUCAAUAUUGAGGGAAUGAAAGAUCUUACAUGUUUAAAAUGGUUGAAUUUAGCUGGUAAUAGUAUUAAGACUAUCGAACAUCUGCAGACAAAUGUUAAUUUGGAAUAUUUGGAUUUAUCAGAAAAUAGUAUAACUCACAUAACAGAUUUAUCAUUUUUGAAAAAUAUCAAGGAAUUAUAUUUACAUAAAAAUAAAAUUGACCAUUUAAAUCAAUGUGACAAAUUUUUACCUACAAGUUUAACAGUACUAACACUGGCCAAUAACAAUAUACAGGAUCUUAACGAAAUUUCUAGGCUUGUUAAUUUAACCAAUUUGACUAAAAUUUCCAUUGCUAAUAAUCCUUGUGUCGACAUGACAGGCAGUAAUAUAGGUUUUGAUUACCGUCCAUUUAUUGUAAAUUGGUGCUUAAAUGUCAAUGUUAUAGAUGAAUAUGUGGUGGAUGCUAUUGAAAGUUUGAGAGCAGAGUGGCUGUAUUCUCAAGGAAGAGGUAGACAUUACAGAGUAGGUGAUCAUAAAGAACUAGUUCAAUACCUAGCAACUGUAUGUCCUCUUACUGGAGAAACAUUAGAAACUGAAGAAGAUAAAAAACUUCGGCUAAUAUUAAGUAAAGCACAACAUCACCAGAAGCAAUUAAGAGAACAAACGUUUACAAACGAUCCAAGGGAUAUUAAUCGAAAAAGAAAAUCACCAGAAAGAAUGUCUGCUAGUUGUUUUAGUAGUCUUAGUGACACCAGUAACUUUUCUUUAAUGAGCCAGAGUCUAGAUCCAGCAUUACUGAGGUUGAAUAUGAUGUCCCGUCCAACGUCGAAUGAAGGUUCCGAACAAUUGAAUAGUCCUUUAAAAGCCCUUUCUAAAAAUGUACCCGUCCCAGAAUCUCUAAUGAGCCCAGAUUGCCAUCCAUUUAUUGAAUUACAAAAUAAAAAGAAUCAAAUUUCCAUGGUGCCCAAGAUAUGCAUGCCUCAAAAUGAAUUGAACGCAUCAGAAUUUAAUAUAAAUAAAACAGUUCCCAUUAAUAAAAAUAAAAUUUGUGAUAAUUUAAGAAAGGUUGGUUCUCCGUCUCCUAUAAGACACAAGAUAAAUACCAAAGAAAUGAUUCCUUCAAACCCCACAAAAAUGAAUAAAAAAACAUCGAUAUUAAGAAAUCGGUCAAUAAGUAGUGAUGAUGAAUCCGAAAUGUUUGAUUCCAAACUACAAACAAUUCAAAUGAAAGUUGAAGAAAGAUUACAAAAAGAAGACUUAAAUAACCAAUGUAAUGGGGAAGAUAGAGUUGAACAUGCAGCUAUUUGUAUACAAAAAACUUGGAGAGGGUAUUAUACAAGAAAUAAAAAUAAACAAAUCCAGGAAAUGUUUAAAGAGCUACAACAUAAACGAGCCAACCAGUAUAUUCAGAAACUUGCAACUGAUAUGGAAACUACAAAAAUAGCUUUGGAAAGUGAACGAAAGAUUCAAAUGUUGCAAACGGAAGCUAUUAGUGCACUUUGGAAAAAAAUAUCUAGUCUUCAAACUAACGAUGCAGAAGCUACAUCUGCUAAAAAUUUAAAUUUAUCUAUGAAUAACUCUGAAGUUGUGAAAGAACUAGCACACAGUUGUACGCUGUUGCAAUCGCAGAUUCAGCAACUACAAACGUCUAUGCAGGAUAUUGUGAAAGUUAUGACAGUUUUUAGUCAAAGUCCGAAUAUAAAUCAACAGUUGAAAGAUGGUAUUGCAACUCAAACAGAAAUUAUUGCUGUUCACACUCCACAGGAUGAAACAUCUAAGUAUUUUCCUUUCCAAAAACAAAUCUGCCAGUUACGUCCAUCAUCUCUACCUCUUGUUAUUCAUCAGAGAAAAAAGGAGAAUGCUCAACUUAGUGGUAGCAGUAAUUCUGUGGAUACAUUAACUUCAGAAUUGACUCAAUAUGCAGGAAGUCUCGUAGACGGCGUUAUAAAAACUGUAUCAGAAAGUAAAGUCGAUGUUACUAACACUUCAGAAAUAACAAUCACCGGAAACGAGAAAAAGAAUUAACUACUUUGUACUCCUAUACAGGUUUGAUUACGCUUGCUAUGUUAUUUUCGAGUCGCAUAUAAAUUUAGGCAUAAGUUCUAAUUUAAGUAUUAUAUUUCACACAUAAAAUGAAUUGUAACAAAGCAUU